AUGUCCGGCGCAUCUGACAAAGCGCGCUUCUACCUGGAACAGGCUGUUCCCCAGUUACAGGAAUUCAAGGAGAAGAAGAUAUUCACAGAGGUUCGUCGGCGCUGCGUUUUCCCCCUCGUCCCCUUAUAUAUAUCAUUGCUCACGUAUAUCAUACAGGAGGAGAUCAGAGCGUUAGUCAAGAAGAGAUCCGAUUUCGAGCACAAGGUCCUCGCGCGAGGUUCAACACCAGUGGACUUCGCCCGAUAUGCUGCGUGGGAGAUCGGGCUGGAAAAUCUGCGCGCAAAACGCUGCAAGCGCAUGAAGAUCAAAGGAAGCACCACACAUACGGGCCAGGCGCGGAUAUUCAAGAUCUUCGAUAGAGGAACACAGAAGCACCCCAGCGAUGUGGCGUUAUGGAUGUCCUAUCUGGAGCAUGCCAAGCAAGCAAAGGCUACCAAGAAAUUCAAAACGAUCCUCACAGCGGCGAUUCGUUUACAUCCUUUAAAAUGCGAGCUUUGGCUAUACGCCGCACGAUGGAGUUUAGAGGCCGAAGCGGAUAUGAAGGAGGCGAGGAGUUACAUGUCAAGGGGAGCACGCUUCUGUACGAGAAGUAAGGAUCUGUGGAUCGAGUGGGCUAAAUUGGAGAUGAUAUAUCUUGCGAAAAUUGCCAUGCGGAGGAAGAUUCUGGGAAUCGAUAUCGAAGAGAGUACAGAUGAUCCGAUGGAAAUUGAGGGUUCGGCCCGGGACAAGGAUUUCGGCGAUGAUGAUGUCGUCGGGCUUGGUGUUACGCAAGCCCAGGUGGACUCCAUUACACCAAGCAUGUUAGGGAGAGUCAAGGUCGAUGCAGAAGCUGCACAGGAUCCCAUAAACACGCCAGCUCUGCAAGGAGCCAUUCCUCUCGCAAUUUUCGACGAAGCCAAGAAGCAACAAUUCUUCAAUGCAGCAGUAGCCGCGGACUUCUUCGACAUGUUCGCCAACUUCACGCAAGUACGCUGUCUCCCAAAAAUUCUGCAACAUGUUCUAGAUACCCUGACCGAAUCAUACCCCAAAGACCCAUUUACGUGCAAUUACUACAAUAAGCAGCCGCUGAUUGGAAUCGAUCCAAACUCGGCAGCCUUCCCAAUGGCUUUGGGUUCAUUCCUGGACCGACUGAAGGAAUCAAUGGAGAAGACGAAUGACAAGACAGAGCUUGUAAAGAAGACAAGAGCCUGGAUUGAGCCGAUCCUGGCCUUGGAGGAACUGGAUCCGGACAUCAAGACUGUAUUAGAGCAUACGAUGCGGAAGCUCUUAGUGAAAGCAUCGUAA